UUUCAUCUACCGCAAACAAUGAUGUGUUUAAGAACCCUACGACAUAUAUGAAUGACACGGAUCUAGAAUCGAAAUAUACGUCUGAAGUGCAUGGAGUUGCAUUUUACGUUUAUUAUUAUGGGAUGUUUAUUAUAAUUACGUGCGUUAACAUUCCCGGAAAUAUCCUGGUUAUCAGGACUGUGAUAAAGAAUCCGCAUCUCCGACAGCCCUGUAAUCUUUACAUCGUGAGUUUGGCAGUUACAGAUUUACUUGUUGGAAUAGUUUAUCCUGUAUACAACAUUGCUCAUCUUGAGCACGUGCCAGAAGUCAGUCGGCCGUUAGGCCGGUGGAGCGUUUGUCGUUUCUUGGUGACUGAGGUGCUUGCAUUGGGAAUUAUCUGUUCUUAUCACUUAGUAGCCAUCACUGUCACCCGAUAUGUCGCCAUUGUGUAUCCGUUACGUUAUCACCUAUACAUCACAACAAAAUCCACAAAGUACACCAUCUUCACUAUUUGGGCCCUAUCACAGUGUGUGUGCAUUAUAAUGUAUACUUUUUACAACCGAGAAGAAUACAUCGAGGGACGUGUUGUCUGUCGCUACGAGCUGAUCUUCUCUGUGACACAUGUGAUUAUAUUCCUCAUUAUUCAGUUGUUUCUACCUCUCCUGAUUAUGCUGACAUUGUAUAUUAGAAUCGUUAAAAUUGCAAGAAGUCAGGCAAAAAUCAUAGCUCUUCAAGAACGAGUGCUGGGAAAUAGAAGUCUUAAUUCAAGUAAUAAUUUCAUUCGUCAAGAACUGAAGUCAACAGUAAUGGUGUCUGUUUUGUUGGGAUUCUACAUAAUGGCAUGGACGCCAUUGACAAUAUAUUUUUUCUACCAAAUAACUUGUGCUACAAAUUGCUACGAUUCCUCAUUUAUUAGAGCUACUUGCCGAAUCCUGCUGUUUAUGAAUUCAGCUGUAAACGUAUUUAUUUAUGCUGGUCGUUUGCCAGAAUUUCGAAAAAGCAUUAGGCUUGAUAUCACAAAACUUCAUAAAAUCUUGUGUUCCUGUGGGCAGAAGUUUUGAAAUGAACCAUUUUAGAUGUAUUUGAGGAGAACUACACAGCACAUUGAAUAUCGGUAUUCAAUUGUGAUCACAAACCUCAUAUUAAAUUUACCCGUAAUAAAACAAUGGAAUCUGGGUGAAAUGAGAUUACAGAGGAAUUUUAUGAUUAAGUUAUGAUUUAAUUUAUCUCUGAAGAUUUUGUCAAAAGUGUGUUUGUUAAAUAAAAAUAGAUUUUAUUUAGCUAAAGUAGGGAGAAGAUUUCAUAUCAA